AAGAACAAAAUGAAUGAAUGAAAAACAAUCAAAACAGAGCAAAGAAAAAAAAAACGCAUUUGGGGGUUGUUUCAAGUUCCCAUCGCUCACUAAAGCAAAGCAGUUAAAAAUAAAAACCCCCCCAAGAAAAAGCCAGAGGCAGAGUCAUAUAUAUACAUACAUGUUGUUGUUAUUGUUAAUUUGGUUUGGUAUUUCUUCUUCUUCUUCUUCUUCUUCUUCUUCCUCCCGCCAAAACCAACACUUUUUCGAUUCCGACUACUCUGUUUGGAUUGGAACUUCGAUAAACAGCAAAGGCGGUGGGUGGGUGAGGCAUAUGAUGCUUUGUUGUUGUCCUUCUUUCAGAGAGCAAUUACUGCCUUUCCUUCGCGAUUACGACCGGCUUCAAUCUUUCGCCGUCGUCCUCAUCUACAUUCAGAUUGGGUGCGCGUUGAUUGGAUCUCUGGGAGCAUUGUACAACGGGGUUUUGCUGAUAAAUCUGGGGAUAGCAUUGUUCGCUUUGGUGGCCAUUGAGAGUAGCAGUCAGAAACUUGGGCGUACCUAUGCUGUUCUUCUCUUCUGUGCUCUGCUUCUCGAUAUUACUUGGUUCAUCCUCUUCACUCACGAGAUUUGGGACAUUUCUUCUGACAAUUAUGGGACAUUCGUAAUCUUUUCAGUAAAACUCACUCUGGUAAUGCAAAUCAUUGGGUUUACUGUAAGGUUGUCGUCCUCGUUGUUAUGGAUUCAGAUUUACAGGUUGGGAGUUUCAUAUGUAGACACUACAGGUUCUAGAGAAGCAGAUUUUGAUUUAAGAAAUAGUUUUCUGAGUCCUGCAACUCCUGCUGUAGUUAGAGAACCCUCAGAUUCUGAUGACAUUUUGGGAGGCUCUAUCUAUGAUCCUGCUUAUUUCUCAACCCUCUUUGAAGGUCAAGAAAAUAGAUGUUCACAUGGGGGUCGAAACCGUGGUAUUAAAGACAAUGGGUCUACUUCUGCUUCUGAAUCUCCUCUGUUGAAACCAUCUGUAAGCAGAUCAUUUCAGGCUGUAGAAGAUGAUAUUUCAGCUGGCCUGACUCAAUUGGUUUGAAGUUGAGUACAGUAUCCAUGAAAAUUUUUCCUUGGUAUCCACUCUCCGUAAUUAUUGUUUUGAGGUUUCUUCUGCUUAAUGCGGCCAAGACUAUGUGGGAGUAAGUUUUGUACAAUCACAAUUUUAGACAUUUUUUUUCCCAGGGUAGAAGUGCUGCUGGUCAAAGCGAAAGGAGAACCCAUGUCCAGUAUAUUCUGUGAGUGUGACAAUGUCAAAAGGUUUUGCCAUUUGAGAGCUGUAUUUGACUUCAUGUUAUGAGUUUUAAUCCUGCCAAACCCAUUCUGGCAAAUCCUUCAAAGGUUUGGAUCAGGAUUCAAGACUGACUUGCAUAUGGGUGUACUUUCCUGGCCAUGCGGUCAUAUUGGCAUGUCAGCUACACCUAGGCAGUGCAGUUUAGCUCACAAUGAACUCUGAUUUGCCUGGGUGGGUUCACCAAUGUGGCGGAGUUCAGCAACCCCAGUCAGUGGCAUUUUGUUCCCCAAGUCACAUUGGUAGACCCUUCAGAAUCUAGUGGCUUUUAUUCUUUCUUUUGUUUUGUUUUCUUUUUAUUUUCAUUUUUGGUGGGUUUGACAGCCUGUCCAUGCCAAGAUGCGUGAAAUAUAUCUGCAUAUUUUCAUAGAGGAUGGUUACAUCCAUCUAAUGUUGUUUAUUUAUUCAUUCAAUUAUUGCCCAUAAGAUCAGAAUCUAAAGAAGAAAAAACUUGAAGAUCAGAGAACGAAGAAAAAAUUCAAAUUUCAAUCGGAUGUAGUCUUCAACCUGUAGAGUAUAUAGAGGAUAAUGAAGAGACCUUCCUUAAUUACUUAGGUGGCUAAGUAUUUUAUUUCUACUGCUAUGGUAUUGUACUGUUGUCUAUAAUGCCAAUGCACAAGCAACUAUGGUAUGCUUUUGGA